GAUGCCGCUUACGUACAGAGUGACGGUGUGAAUGGAAAGCACGGUUGUUGGGUCUGCAGUGGGGAAAGAUGAAGAAGCGAGCGACGGUCCGUAUGUCCAUGUUUUGUCCGGAUGGCUCCCCUACACCAAUUGGCAUGGACAGAAACAUCACUAAAAGAGCAGCUGGAAGGUCGUCCAAGAAAGUUGCUGAGUUCAACAAGCUGUCGCGGCGGCGGCCGGAGCCGGCGUCGGAGCGCGAGAACGCGCCGCCUUCGCCCCGCCGCCCCGGCCGCCGGCUGUUCUCGCGUCCGACGCUAGCCGAGAUCGGCGAGGCGGCUGACGCGCUGCCCCUGGCCACGGCCCGGCCGCCGCUCCGGCCGCUGGCCGAGCGACAGCCGUCGGCCUGUGACGAGGGCGCGCUGCUGAGACGGCCAGAGCUGAAGACAGAGCUGAAGACGCGGCCGGAGGAGUCGGUGGUGGAGGAGGAGCUGGCGUUGUUAGGGCGACGAGGUCCGGCGGCGGACACGACGCGCGGUGCUCCCAAGACGGGGCGGAACGGCUGGGACGAACCGUCGAAGACGACACGGCCGCUAGAGGACGGCGUUGAAAGGCCCACGCCUAUGACGAAGGUAGCGCCAGUGGAGCUGACAUCUCCCUCAUCCCACCAGAGCCUCGUCACCAAGGCUCGGCCUGACCGUAGCGAGGCCCGGCCGUCCUUCAGCGAUGGCCCGACGGCCGUCAGCGAGGCCCGGCCGUGCCAGCGAUACCCGGCCGUUUUUCGCGAGGACCCGGCGGCUCCGGACGCCGCCUCCAGCUCGGGCUCUGAGCAGAGCCUGCCGUACUUCACCCCCAGGCGGCUGGUGCGCCGCCGCCCCGCCGCUGCCGUGCUCGAGAGCUCGGACGAGAGCGGCAGCCCGUUCCUGACGGUGCCCUCGGACGAGUCGGACGUGGUCGUGAUCAACUCGGACUCGGAGUGGGACGACUCGGACCUGCUCAGUGUCUCGGAGCGCGCCGCCGUCGCCGCGCCGGCCAAGCCGCCACGCGGAGCCGGUCACCAGGAGCGUCCGCAGCCGGAGGGGGUCGGCACGGCGGCGGGUGCGCCGCGGCGCGAGCGGCCGCGUCACAACUCGGGGUCCUCCUCCGGAGAUGAGCUGGAGAAAUUUAAACGCCUGUACGUCACGCCCAGACGGAAAGCCCGCGCACUAUCCUCAACGAGCGAAAACGAAGACGACUUCAUCAACGACGACUCCACGAGCGAGGACGAGCUCAUAUACCACCGCGCGGUGGCCGGUGCCGCCCGCGCGCGCAACCCGCGGCCGGACCCGCUGAUCUGUGCCAGCGACGAGUCGCCCGAGGCGACCGGCGUGUCACCGGACGAGCCCGUCUUCAGACCGCCUCGGCCUCAGGCGCGAAAGCCGCUGGGCUCGGCGGCGCGAGCCACGCCCGGGCCGCGCAGCACGCCGCGCCAACUCAGCUUCAUGUCAUCGCUGGCCACCCACCUGGUGGAGGGCCGCCGCCGCUGCCCGCAGGCCGCCGCCUUCGUCACCGGCUUUAAGACGAAGAAGCUGGAGCUGGCGCGACACCUGCUGCGGCUGAUUAAUGCGGAGGUCUUCGAGGAUAAGCUGGCCCCCGACCUGGAGAUCAAGUUCAACAAGCGCAUGCUGCGUACGGCCGGCUUCUGCUACAGCAAGCAGACCGCCUGCGGCGGUGCGACGGUGCGCACGGCGCGCAUUGAGCUCUCUGAGAAGGUGGUAGACAGUGCUGAGCGGCUGCGCGACACGCUGGUGCACGAGCUGUGCCACGCCGCCGCCUGGGUUGUGUCGGGCGACCGCGGCGGCCACGGGCCCGUGUGGCGCGGCUGGGCCGGCCGCGUGCAGCGCCGCUUCCCCGAGCUGCCGCCCGUCUCGCGCUGCCACAGCUAUGAGAUCCGCUGCAAAUACACGUACCGAUGUACGCGGUGCGGCUACAGCUUCGGUCGGCACUCCAAGUCGCUGGACACGCAGCGCAAGGUGUGCGGCCGGUGUCACGGCCGGUUCGAGUGCGUGCUGACGGCGGCGCUGGAGCGGCCGGCCGGCGCCGCGCCGGCCACGCCCCGCACGCCCGCCCCGUUCGCCCUCUUCGUCAAGGACAAUUAUGGCUCGGUGAAGAAGGAUUCGGCCGGACUCAAGCACGCCGAGAUAAUGCGCGUGCUCGGGCAACAGUUCGCCGCUGCCAAGAUUACCAAGGAGGGGGAGAAGGUACGUGCGACUGAGUGCAGCGACUUUUAGUUGGUGUUUUACGUCUGUAGGUGUUGACCGAGCACGAUCGCCCCUGUUGACCUCUGACCUUCGAAAUGGCGCACGUCGCGGUGACCGAACGAUUUCUGUUUAAGAGAUACGCCCAUGACGUGGGGCCGAGUUCUGCGUGGUGACAGCUGGCCGACGACGUUUUAUGCAUGUUUGACCUAGCUUCACUUGAUUUUGACUAUUCAUGUUUCUUUUUAUUGUGAACUUGCUCAGACUCUGUAUGUGAACAUGCGUAUAAAAAGCUUGCCAAACCCGGGAGCUUUGCUGCCCGAUUUACGUGUUGAUCGUGCUCUAUUUUCUAUGUAUUUAUAUCUCACAUGAUACGGCAUCUUUCGGGUGAUGUCCUUUAGAUGACAUAUUAAAUUCCUCUUAUGAGACAUAUGACUAUG